GGAGGUGGUCGUCUUCUCUGUGUGUCUUUUUCCACAGUCUUCCCCCCCACCUUUUCGGCUUUGUAACGCCGCGCGCGCGCGCGCGAGUGAGAAAAGGAAGAGCGCUCGAGACUACAGUGUUUCACGGCGGCCGCACACACAGAGGCACAUGCGCGCACACACACACACAACAACACACACACACAGCACAACACACUCCUAUCGUCUACAGUCAUUCCACUUGUGUGUGUUUGUGUGACUGUAUGCAAUUCCGUCACCCCUACGCGUUGACGAGUCACGCUGUAAGCCUGGCACUUUCAAAUUAGGAAAGUGAAUUAGUGCAAACAAUACCAAAGCAAAGACCGGCGCUUUACUCAUGCAUUCUGGACGUACCGGUGAAAGUACACGCGCAUCGCCGGUCUAAAAACACUGGGAGGAAUCUACCAUCACAUGCUGUGAUUGAAUUCUCUUCUUGACCAACACUAAAAUUCACAAACCAGAUCAACUUGUGGGUCCUGUAAAAUUGUGUGGGCGAAUCCCCUCAUGAACAGGGAGGUACAGAGGAACACAGUGAUCAGUUUAACCAGGUGAAAAGAUGGAAGUUGCUGUUCCUGAAGAGCCUCAGAAGAAGAUUUUCCGCGCUCGAAAAACCAUGAAGAUGAGCGACCGUCAGCAGCUGGAAGUGCUUCACAACACGUUGGUGACUGCGAACCCCAACUCUUCUUCACAGCCCCAGACACCGCUGGUGAACGGAACACAUGGUGAGGAUGGACUUAAGGGAAAGGAGAAGGACAAGGAGAGUGGGACAAAAUCUCCUGUCUUGCCCUUGUCGCGUUCUUCCCCAAUACCAUCGCUCUCACGGUCGCCCUCUCCGUCAGUCAGAGAUGCUCAAAACUCUUCGCCUUCAUUGAAGAAAUGCUCAGAAAAAAGCAAAGGUGAAGACAAAAAGGGAGAACAAGACCGGAAGGAUGACAAGAAGGCAGAAGAAGUGAAAGCUGACAAGUUAGAAAUCGUCAAGUCUGCACAUCCUGGUUCUCCAUCAGGGUCUGAUAAGAAGAUCGAGCACAAAAAGUCUACCACAGUCCAGGUGCUGAAUGGCGAGCUACCCGUGGAUUCAGACAGCACUUCCCUCGACAACGGUUCUGCAGAGGAGAAAAGCAGUAAGAGCAUCUUCUCCUCAUCUCCUUCCGGCUCUCCGGCCGCCAGCCUGGAGUGUGACCCGGAAGUGAAAGAGGGCUUUCUCUGCCUCAGUGAGGAAGAUGAAGGUCAGGGUGAACAAGAUGAGGCAAAAGACAAAAACGAGGAGAAGAUGGAUGUGGAUCCUGAGAAAGAGGAGAAUAAAGAGGGAGAGAGAGGGUGUAAUGUGGCAGAUGGCACAGGCACCUGCACUACUGGUAAAAAGAGAUCCUUGUCACCAGUUGAGGGGAAAGCUGGGGAGCCCAAGGAGGAGAGAGAUGGAAAGAGAGCAAGGGUGGAGGGAGUUCAGCUGGAGGCUCAACUGGAGUUGAAGAUUACAGCCAACGCAGGGAGCCGUCUGAAACUAGAAAAGGUGGUGCAGCAGUUGGUGGAGGAGCGCUUGCGUAUGCUGCAGAUGACCGUGUUUGAUUGUAAUUUACAAGAGCUAAAGGACCGAAUGGAAAAGAUUGAUGCUGCCACCAAACAGCAGAAAACUGUUCAACACACCCUGCAGAGUAAGAUUGCACGACUUACCAAGAAGUUUGGAGCUGCUAACCAGGCAUCUGAGAAUUUCAAGAAAGUCCAAGAGGCUGCUGCUAAGCCUACUCUCACACCCACGACAGUCCCGACAAUGCAACGCAAUGUAAGGACCACACUGGACCCUAAGCCAUCCACUCUUUCUGCAGGAUCCAAUUCUACUGCUACCCCGACUCAACCCAAACCUCAUUCCACUCCAAGUACACCGACUUCCUCGGCAGUGGCCACACCUGCGCCCAUUCUUCAGCUUAUAACCACAACGACAAACUCCACACCCUCCUCCUCCAGCUCCUCUCUGAGUGGCCAGGCAAGUACUCUACUGUUGCAGCAACGCCCAAACACUGGGGCCAUGACUACUAGCACCGUAACAUCAGCUGGCCAGCCGAUGUCUAUCCAGCCUUUGCUGAUCCAGUUGCCACUGGCCAUGGCUAAUGGCCAAGGUGGGACCCUAGCUGGAGGAGUUGGCCUGAUUCCCGUGUCAUCCUUGGGCACAGUUACAAGUCUUAGCAAGGCCAAGACCACGACAGCUACCACUUUUAUCCUGCAGAAGACAUCAGGAAGCGUUGUGACCACGUCUUCAUCCGCUCCCCCAUCCUUGAUCUCAUCAGCGACCUCAGCAGUGACACAGAUGCCACCAAGUAGGCCAAUAUACCAGGGUGGCACAGGUACAGCGAACUCUCCUAAUGCUGGCAUCUCUGUGACGACAGCCCGUGCCCCAGCGCAGUGCGCCACUGUGGUCGGAAUGGCCACAGCUUCAUCGUCCCCAGCGAGCACGGGUCCUGCUGCAACAGGCUCAGCGGCAGCAGCGGCAGCUGGGCCACCAUCAGCCUCUGAAACGGCAUCCAAAACAGAUAAUCAAGCCAUUCAUUCUGCUCCAGCCAAAUCAUCUGCUCAGCCUCGUCCUAAGGGCUCGGUCAUUGACCUAACUGAGGAUGAUGAUGAUGUGCAAGUUACUGGUGUGCAGAAGGCUACUGCUCCCACCAUUCCCACCAAUACCCAGCGACCACCAGGGCCUCCCCCAUCACUAGUGAGCUCUACCUCUGUUGAAGCACUUCGGACUGUUCUGGAAAUUGAGGAAGAGUUUGCCUUCUCAGAGGAAGAGUGCGAAUCAGAUGACGGACAAUUGCAUUUUGAAGAGCGUCUGGACCCAGCAGAGGAUCUAUUUCCUGAUGAAUGUGAGGAUAACUGUGCAAAAGAACCUGUUGCAAAGAGAGCCAAAACAAAUAAGCAGCCCACACUGUCAUGGAAAACAGAGACUGAUGAUGAUGUGGUUCCACAGGCUCUGAAAUUCCUGCCUGCACAGGAACCUGGACCACAGUUAAAACCAUGUGAUGCACAUACUCCCAUGAGUCUCUUCAAAAUGUUUUUUUCUGAAACCGCUGUGUCAACUUUGUGUAAAAACACCAAUGCUCAGGCUGCCAGGGCACAUGCAAAGGGCCACAAAUAUAAAUGGACAGACGUCGGUAUCAAUGAGCUGUACUGCUAUAUUGGGCUACUCUUCUACAUGGCCACUGUGAAGAUGCGGUCCAUCAGAGACUACUGGCGGCAGGACAGCCCUUUCUCUGUUCCGUUUCCUGCAACAGUCAUGUCAAGGGACAGAUACCGCACUAUUUUAUGGAAUCUGCACAUGAGUCACCCAGAUGCAGACAAGGACAAUGACAGAAAGCGGGGCACAGCUGAGCAUGACAGUCUUUUCAAAGUCAGACCCCUCAUAGACACUAUCCGGCAUGCAUGUAAGGCCAUCUAUCAUCCAAGAAAAAAUUUGGCAGUGUAUGAAAGAAUGGUGGCAUGCAAAGCAAACAAACUAAUGACGCGGUAUAUGAAAGCCAAGCCAACCAGGUGGAGCUUCAAGUUGUUUGUUCUUGCGGACUCAUCAAAUGGAUACACUGUAGAUUUUGCUUUGUACACAGAAAAGAUCUUUCCCACAGGCCAUGGACUGCCAUAUGAUGCUGUGACCUCUCUUUUGGACCAUACAGUUUUGGGCUCUGGGUACCAUGUAUACAUGGAUAAUUUUUACACUAGUCCCAAGCUCUUAACAGACUUGUUUGCUUUGAAGUUUGGUGCAUGUGGGACCUACAGAGACAAAAGGAAGGAUUGCCCUCGGAAUGCAGCUAACUCGCUCACCCAAAAAUCGGAGAGGGGAUCAAUCAGGUGGAUUCGAGAUGGCCAUCUUGUGUUUGUGAAGUGGAUGGACACACAAGAGGUGUCUGUCUGCUCCACCAUCCAUGCUGCCUAUACAGGAGACACUGUACAGAGGAAGGUGAAAACACAAGAUGUAUGGAAGACAAAAAGUAUUCCAUGUCCUGCACCUGUGACUGCCUACAACCAGCACAUGAGGGGCAUUGACCUGUCUGAUCAGCUGUUACAGUACUACAGUACACAGCACAAAACCAUGAAGUGGUACAGAAAGAUAUUUCUACACUUCUUGGACAUUGCUGCCACCAAUGCUUUCAUUGUACACAAAGAGCUUUAUGGCACCAUGAACCACAAGGAGUUUAUGGAAGAACUAAUUGCAGAGCUCUGUGGUGUGUCACAGAAAAUAACACCAAAAGGGACCAGUGCUGAACAUGUGCCAGUUCCAGGUGCUAAGCAGGCCUCAGGUGCCACUGCUGGUCGCAGGACCUGUGUGCUUUGCAAAGCUAGGGAUGGUAGAAGACUGGACACUCCUUGGAAAUGCCAGGCAUGUGGUGUUCACUUGUGUGUGCAGCUAAAAAGGAACUGUUUCUUAGAGUGGCACAAAGAUGUAUAGCUGUUUAAAUCUGUGUUCUAUGUGAACAAGUAGUUAAUGCAUAGGGUGUAUACAGAGCUUUCUAGAUUCUGAUUGGUUCUUAGGUGGUGUUUCAUUUACUUUAACUGUAGCACUAAAAGUGCUUUCAUAUCCAGGCCGAAUUUACUUUUCUUGAAAGAAAUAUCAUAAAACAUGUCUAUACAUUUGCAUGUUGUAAAAACUGUUCUCAGUGCUAUGAAGUGAAAAGUUUUUGUGUUAAUGAUUGCACCCUCUCACUUAAAAUGUAACUUAUUACUGUGAUCAAAGCAAAAUUUUCAGCACUCAGUCCUCAGUGUCACAUGAUCCUACAGAAAUCAUUCUAAUAUCAUGAUUUGCUCUUCGAGAAGCAUUUUUUAAAAGAGUGGAGUAAAUGUUUUUUAGGAUUCUUUGAGCGAGAGAUCCAUAGAUCAGCAAUAAUCUGAAAUAAAAAGCUUUUGUAAGAUUGUACCCUAUUCCAUUCAAAACCUUGGAGAUCAAGUUUCCAGCAACUAUUUUGGAUAUUGCACCCAUUGAUGUCUUCUCUUGUUUGUUCGUUCCCAAUAAACUGAUUUAACUGUG